AAUAAAUAAAUUACGUGUGAUAUAAUUAAAAUAACAUUAAUUGUCAUGAGUAAAUCGAUGUGUUUAUCGAACAUUUCGAAUCGUGUUGAGUUUUAAAAAACUUUAAAGACCCGUGUUCAUAACUGUUGGAAAUUCAAUAUAAUAUUGUAAUUUACCUUAAAAAAAAAAAAAAAAAUGUCACGCGAUAGUAUUGUUCACACGAAAUUAUUUUUUUCUUUGCGUAACUUUAAAUUAUCAAAACAUUACAGAAACAUUAUGAACACGAAUUAUACGUUAUCGAUAAAUAACUGCCGGUGAAGUAGGGCCGCGAGUCCUAACAUAUUAAAUGCUCAGACGCGUUUAAGCAUUACACCUCAGCCCACGAAUCGCGUAGGACCCGUGCGAUACCUUUCGACAUGGACAUGGUUGGGAUCUUAUUGUUUGCGGUUUUAGUCCUUGGCGGAUCGCAUGCGUUUUUCGGACAAGACGCUGGAAACGCUCGCAACGAAAGUGCACACGUGUCACCGGGAACGCGAUGUAUUCACGCGGUGAACCCUCCGAAGAAAAACCACGAAGUGCACGUACCAUCAACUCAAAACGAUGUCGUGACAACCACCAACAUCGACGAGAGGGUGGAUCCGAAUCCGUCGAAAAUACCAUCGCUGAUGGACCCGUCGAGUUCCAUCGGGCUUCUACCGCCGUCGACCAUCGAUCUCGCCGACCAAUGUUUUCCCGUGCCUCGAUGCGAUUCCGCCGCUCGUUUCAGGACCAUAGACGGCGGUUGCAAUAAUUUACGGUUUCCGGUCUGGGGACGAACAAAUACAGCACACACGCGGAUAGUCCAAGCGCACUACUCGGACGGUACCGAUCGGCCGAGAAGAUCAACAUCGGGUCACGAACUUCCCAAUUCCAGGCACAUACGGACGACCCUGUUCCGAGACUUGGACAGACCCGCGCCUAAACACAGUUUGUACGCGAUGCAAUUCGGUCAAAUCAUUGCUCAUGACACGGAAUUUGCAUUGCCCAAAACUUCAAAUAACGGCAGUAAGCUUGAGUGUUGCCGUCCGGAUGGUACUUCGUUACAAACUCUACCGAAAAAUUGUCUACCGAUUAAAACACCGAACGAUGAUCCUGGUUCGAAAAAUCGAUGUUUCACGGCCCCUCGAACACUCGACACAGCAGAUCGAGGUUGUAAUAUCAAACCAGUCAGACAAAUAAUCGCAGUUACUAGUUUUCUUGACGCUUCUUUUGUAUACGGCUCGGACGAAAACACGGCAAAUUCAUUACGAACAUUUUCUAAUGGCAAGCUUAGAAAGCAGGUGGGGCCUAAUGGAAAAUCAUUCUUACCCAAUACCAAAAAAGGAGCACGAACUUGCACCGCAGCGAUAACGCGUAAUGAUAACGCAGUGUGCUUCACGUCUGGCGAUCCAUUAAGAGUGAAUAUUCACCCUGAUCAAGUAGUUCAAACGAUAUCUUUAUUAAGACUACAUAACUUUUUGUGUGACGAGUUUAAAAAAAUAAAUCCGUCGUGGAACGAUGAGCGCUUAUACCAAGAAGCCAGAAGAUUGCUUAUCGGAAUGUAUCAGCAUAUUAUAUACAACGAAUUCGUUCCAUUACUUGUAGGAAAAGAUUACGCAAGAGUAAAUAAUUUGUUACCAUCAAGUAAAGGCUUUAACAAUAAUUACGAUCAAUUUCUAAACCCAACAACCAUUACUAGUUUUACCGCUGCUGCUUACAGAUCACUCCACAGCUAUAUACCGGGAUUUUUCGAUUUGGUAAACGAAGCCAGAAAAGUUACGUCGAAAAUACGAUUGAGUGACUUUUACUUUAAAACCGACAUAGUACAGCAGAAAGACAAUUACGAUAGCUUCCUCAGAGGACUGCUCACUCAACAUUCACAAGAACAAGAUCAAUUUUUCACAAAAGAGGUCAGUGAGUUCCUAUUCAGAAUCCCGAACAAAACGGACGGUCUUGACUUGGUCACAUUGGACUUGGAACGUGGCAGAGAUUUCGGAGAACCUCCAUAUAACAAAUUCAGACAACUGUGUGGAUUGAAAGAGGCCAUGUCCUUCAAUGACUUGAUAGAUCAAAUCAAUAAAAAAAAUAUCGACGCCUUAGCAAAACUGUAUGAACACGUGAACGAUAUUGAUUACUACGCAGCCGGUAUCUUAGAAAAACCAAAACCCGGCUCCAUAUUAGGCCACACGUUCCAGUGUAUUGUUGGAGAAAUGUUUUUUAGAUGGAAGUUUGGUGACCGAUUUUUCUAUGAAUUCGGUGGCCAGCCCGGUUCUUUUCGACUAGAUCAACUCAAUGAAAUUCGAAAAACUACAUUAGCACUCAUUGUUUGUAUGACAUCAGAUAUUCAGUCCAUACAGCGGAACGCAUUUGACGUGCCUAGUGCUCGAAAUCCGUUGGUAUCUUGCGACUCCAUUCAAAGACUCAAUUUGAAUGCUUGGAGAGAAGUAUAAUAUAAUUGACCGGCAUCGUGUUUGAAGAAAAUGUGCUACUAUUUUUUUAUUUACAUUUUUCGUAUUAGAAAUUUAGAAAUUAGUGUUCAACAUUUUUCGAAUUAUAGAAUAAUAGUGAUAAUUUGCUUUUGUCAAAAAAAAUGUACAACAUAUAAAUUAAAUUCAUUGUCUCAAUGAGUGAUUUGGA